AUGGCAAUCUUGCUAGUUGUGCUACCUAACAGUACCAUCUCGGAUCCUUCAAAACCAAAGACUUGCCCCACACUAGGGUGGAACCACCUGGCUGAUGCCCCCUACCGAUUGUCUCUAGGAAAAGCAGCCCUUCACUGUCACACAGGCUCCACAGUCAGAACGGACGCAUCUGCUGUCUGGCAGUCCAACACGAGGGGGCGCUGCUCUCCGGGCCCCUGCGGGGGCUGGAGGCAGCCCCGCGGGCGGAGGGUGCUCUCGUGCAGCUGGUCAGGGACUUUCUUUCCUCCUGAACUACAUAAUCCUGAGCGGAAUGUUCAUUUGCCUCUUUUUCUUCUUUUCCACGCUCGUAGGCGUCGGGGUGUGCUACUGUGCUGUUCCUACUCAGUCCACAGGUGUGAUGAGUUAACAAGAAAUAACACUGUUUGA